UACUCCGCCUCCGGAGUCAGGAAGCCAGAGAGGGCGAGCUCGUAAGUGGCCGCGUUGUGUGGAGAUUGAUACAGUCAUUGUAUCAUUAUUAUACGAAUACUGCUACCGUGGGGAUGAACUUACAUGAUACUUAAAGAGAACAUAAGAUUCGAUUUAUUUCGCUCAGUUUUAAUUGUUGGACCCCCUUCCCAUUCCCCCACAACAGGUCAAACAAACUGUGUGGUUUAUUUAUUUUUCAGUUUAAAUCAACAAUUCUUUAGGAUCCUGUUGCUUUAAUUUCUUUGUGUGGAGAUUCACAUAUCGAAACAAAAGUGGAUUUAACAGAAGCCGCGUUGACCAACACCACUCCAAGAUGCUCUUGGUGUCCCAGCGGCUAGACGCACCUCGCAUGGAGCCACUACUGCCUGGAUCGGUGAAGAGGAAGCUGGCUGCGGCUGAGAACUCGGGAGAGGUGAACGGGGUCUCCGACGGGCCCAUGAUCCAGGGAAACGGCAAGCGUCUCUGCCUGGAGGAUGUCACUCUGGCCAUGGGCCCCGGCUUCCAGCACCCCCCUUACUCCUCGGGGCCCGGGGUGGGAGGCCACAGCGCGGUCAUGGAGGGCAACGGACUGAAUAACAAUGGCCUGGGGUCCCCGUAUGCCAUGCCCCCCAAAGCCAGCCCUGGCUCCGCCGCGGGGGGUGGAGGAGGGGCCGCGCACGGGGGCAUGCUGCCCUCCUUCAACCCCAACGGGAACAGCUCGGCGCCCUCCGUGGAGCAGGAGCUGCAGGACAUCCUGGACGAGCUCACCAAGAACCCGGACCCGUCCCUCACCGAGCUGGACAUCGAGAAGAUCCUGGGGAACAAGGGCGACGAGCAGGCGGGCGGCGCGGGGGGGUUCAUGCACCCCGAGGGCAGCGGGACCCCGAAGCGCUCCCCGCAGAGGCCCUCUCAUCUGGAGAGCCACCUCACCCGCUCCCCAGGCUUCACGCAGGCCGCGGCCGCCGGCUCCCCCCAGGUGGGGCCCAGCCCGCCCUACUCGCUCCCCCACCCGGCCAAGCCCGUGCCGUCGCCCCUCUCCGCCUCGCCGCUGUCCUCCUCGGCCCAGACGCAGAGCCAGGCGCGCUCCCCGAUGCUGUCGGCGGCGCUGUCCAACCGGGCCGGCUCCGCUUGGCACGAGGUCUCCCGCGCCCAGCAGCUGCAGCAGAUGGCCUCCAACAGCAAGCACAUGUCUGCGGGCACGGCCCCGCCCCCGCCCCAGCCCUCGCCCUGGACCGGGCCCUCCCCGCCCUACCGGCCCAGCGAGAAGCUGCCCAGCUCGUCCCCGCACCAGCAGCCCUUCAGCCCCGCCGGGAGCAUCCAGAGCCCCCAGAGCGCGCUCAUCUCCGGCAUGGCGCCCGCGCCGUCCGCCGGGCCCUCCCCGCCCUACCGCCCGGAGAAGCUGGCCAGCCCCGCCCUGGCGCAGCCCCCGUUCAGCCCGCAGGGCGCCCUGCUGGCCAGCGCCGCGCCCGCGGGAGGGGCCGGCGGCUCCGCCCAGAGCUCCCAGGCCGGCUUCCUGCCCAACAUGCCGCCCUCGUCGGGGAGCACGCGGCCCUCCCCCCCCUACCGGACGGACAAGCACUCCAGCCCCACGGUGCAGCAGCAGGCCCCGCAGCAGCAGCAGCAGCCUCCGCUGCCGCCGCAAGCGCAGACUCACUCCUUCAGCUCGCAGAACGGGUCGGCCAGCAUGGCCAGCCAGCUCUUCAAGGCCAUGACCUCCGGCCCGCCCAGCAGCCUGAAGCUGCUCAUGCAGCAGCAGCAGCAGCAGCAGCAGCAAAACCAGCCGUCUGCGCAGCCGCAGUCCCAGCCGCAGCUGCCCCCGGCCGCGCACCAGGCCAUAAGCAAGGCCGGGCCGGGGCAGGACCCCUACUCCUUCAACAACACCAAGCCGCUCCGCCACUUCGACCCCGAGCCGCCCGCCCAGAAACUCGGGCCCUUGGUCCCGGGACAGGGAUCCUUGGGUCACUACCCGGGGCCGAACAUGCAGCAGGCGCCCCCGGUGGCGGGAGCGGGACACUCGCAGCUCCUGCAGCAGCAGCAGGAGAUGCAGCAGCGCAUGCAGAGGAGCAUGCAGGCGGGCGGGAUGGCGCCCCACAGCAGAGCGGAUCAGAGUCCUGGGAUGGUUCCUCGGCUCCAAGACCCUUCUGCUGUGCCUCGCCCUACGCAGAGCAGCAACUACAACAUGCUGCUGAAGAGCCAGCUGAUUAAGAAACACAUCCUACAGCAGGAGAAGCAGAGGCAGAUGGAGCAAAUGAACGGAGGCCAGAUGUCAGACUGCCAGCAGGUGGUGCCAUUUCAAGGUGUUGGCCGUUCCCUCCCCUCAGAGUGCGGAUUCCCCAUGGGGACGCCCCCAGCCAACCCCGCCAUGCUGUCCCACAGCCCCAUGCUGUCCGGCCGGAUGGGGGCGCUCAACCAGCCUGGCCGCGGCGGUGGAGCCUUCAUGGGCAACGCAGGCCCCAAGCCGGCCCUUUAUCACCAAGAGUUUAGUGUGCCCCUUCAGCCAGGCCAGGGCAUGAUGGGAAUGGGUGUACCUCCUCGGCAGCCCAUGCACCACAGCCAAGCUCCAGCCCGGUCGGGAAUGCCGGGCCCGUCCUUCCAAGGGGGGCCCUUACAGCCUCAGCACCUUCGACACGCGCUCCACCAGGGCGGCGCUCUCCCCCGCAUGGUGUUCAACCCCCAGCAGCCGUCGCAGCCGCAGUCACAGUUGUGGCAGCAGCAGCAGCAGGGGCACCCGCGCAUGGGCUGCGAUACGCACAUGGACCCAGGGCUCCACCAGCAUGCGUUCCCGGGCAGGGGAGCAGGCGGAGGGCCCCCGCAGUUCUCCCAGCAGCCCCUGCGCUCCGGCAUGCCCGCAAACUUCACCCCCCACCAGACUGGGGCUCCUCCCCCAAACCAGGUGGCCCCCAAUCUGCCUGGCAGGCACAUGCAGAAGCUGCCUCCUGGCCACCCCCACCCCUCCAUGGCCCAGCAGGGCUUGAGGCCCCGUGGCCCCUUGUCUGCCAUGGCAGUGAUGAAGCCAGUACCCCUUGGGAUGGUGCCACCUGCCCACGGGAUGGCUCCGCCCAGCUACUCCUCCUCCAGCAAGCACCCGCUUGGGAUGGGGUACGGCAGUGGCAACCCAGGACAUAAACUUCCCGCGUACGAGUGUGCCCAGCACCAGAGCAACGGGGGCAUGCCUGGGGUGCCGGGAGGAGGUGGGGGAGGGGGGACAGGCGAGGUGGACUUCAUAGAAACGCUAGUGGGGUCCAACGAGGACUGGCUGAACAAUCUCACCAUGAUUGAUGAGUACCUGGAACAAAACUCAUAGUAGGCCCCCAUGAGCACCUUUGCAUGGGGAGGUUUCCAGGGACAUGGUUGUGUUUCCGGAAUGUUCUGAGCCAUACACGAUGGGACGUCGUGUGAAUUUGGUAAAGAGCGAUGCACUGCAAAUGCCCCCAAUCUGGACCUUUACCCUCAGGCCACUCCCUCCCUCCACUGGUCAGUCCAGGGUGGGGAAUGCGGUCACACACACAAAGACGGACGGACAGAGGGAUGUCCUCUGAAUUCUGUAACCACGGCCAUCGAGACAAAGCUCCUCAUUCAGUUAUAUCUGCAAGGUGUGUUGAGCAGGAAGUGUAGCAGGUCUCAGAGGUAUCUGGCCCAGAAGGGAAUACACACUGAUCAGAUCCAUGUACUGUAGAUGUAAGCGUACUCCUGAUGCAAUUCACAGGCAACACCGAUUCCCAUGGCUUCCUUUGUUUCCCGGCAAAUCAGCUUAAAUUACCAAAGGAGGUCUAAUUAAUCACUUUGGGCAGACCAGGCAUGUGUUACACUUCAGUGUUUUGCCACAGUGUCUUUUUAAACGUCAAACAUUUUUGUAUUAUGAAUGGAUUCAUUAUUUGACAUUUGUUGUGACUGAAUGUCUUACACCAUUUUAGUUUGUUCACAGACCAAAAUAGACACAAAAAUGUAAUCUCAGUAAAGGAUGUACUGAAUGAGGUUUGAUACUCUGUGCUUCUCGACUGUACAAUGAUGUAAACUGCUGUGUUUGGUAUGGUCUUUUCUCCCUGCUUCUUCAUCAGUGGAAACUUCCCAGCUGAACUGACAGCAGUUAAAAAUUGGCUUGUGUUGAUCAACUCAAAAGUGAUGGUCCUGUGGUUCAGAUUGAUAAGGUUCCCAUAGGCUCUUGUCACCUCAAUUGAUGGCUAAGUAUGAUGAUCCUGGUUGAGCUGCUUUGCUUUUCACACAUAGCAUCCUCUCAACUGUGAUUGGCUAGGGUUCCCAUGUGAUGCCACUCUGCCAAUCAUGUCUGAAAACAGAAGUGAAAAACAUGAGAGAGGCAGUUAAUCUGCAAUCUAGAAAACUGCAGGUGUACCAAUGGGAGAGGAAGGAGAUCUGCCAUUGUGGUCCUGGCAGUUCUAGAACUGUUUAGUCUCAUGUUUUUUUUUUUAUCGUGAGUGGAGGGAAGUUGGUCUGCAAGGGGCUUGUACAUAAUAAACUAUUUUGUAAAUUAUGUUUUCCUAAUCUAUAACAUAUUAAAAAGGAGAAGUACACAUAUUUAUACUUCUUUUUGUGCAAAUGAAUUCUGAAGGUUUCCUUUGUAAAUAGAAAUGAAAAUAAAAACAACAAAAAAAACAGUGGUGUAAAAAAAAGCAUUGAUAUAGCUUACAAUUAAAUCUGUUUUACAAUAGGAGAAUCCUUUAUUUUAAUUUGUUUUGAAUAUGCAGACAAUACAGUUAGUUUUUCAGUAAUACUGUGUAUUACAGUGUUGGAAUAUUUGUUAUGUUUUUGACAUAACACUGCUCCUGGUACUCUGGUUUGGCCCAGGGUUCUAGAUUGCGAUGGAAAGAAUCUGGAGAUUGCGGUUUAUGGCAGUACCCUAGUGACACAAAAACCCAUCCCCAGGCCCACACUCUGCACCCAACACCAGUUUGAGGUCCAGGAUCACCUGAAUUACUCUAUUAAAGUCGUCUUUUGUAUUCAUCCUUGACCCCUAAACUCCACCCACACCACUGGCUGGGUUUCCCAAGCCUACCAGCACAACUGUUGUGUCUGAAGAAAAACACACUACACCCUCAAGAGAAAUGACUGAUCAAGCAUCUCACAGACAUGGAUACCACCUGUCUCUUAUUACUUUGAUGAAGACAGAAAGGUACCUCAUAUGGCAAAGACUGUAAUAUACUAUUUGCAAAACUGCAAAAGUACAUGUAUCACAGACAUAGGUCUGUGGCUGUGGUUGGAGACCCUGGGAACAUUCCGCAGCCAUGCAAAUGCAUUGGAUGGCAUAUUUCCAAAUAGGGGACACUACUGAAACAUGGGGUCAGGGAUUUCAGCUUGGGGUGAACUGCAAAAGCGUUGAUAUUUCUACAUCCCUCCGCACACUGCCUCCAUUGUAAUACAGAGGUAACGUGAGUAAGCACUGUACGUCAAUUUAAAUUAGCACCUGCGCUCCAUAUUUUAUCUUGCACAAAGCGUGUAAUUGUCACUCAGAACUACGCUAUUUUUGGUUGAAGGUGAUUUGAAUUUCAGACGCUGAAUAAAAGUACCAAUGGAUGCAGCGUGCCAGAACUUAAAGUUAGCUGGCUGUUCUAGAAAAGGUCCUGCCAUACACAGUUCCCACAAUCCUUUUCCGCAGUUCGCCCUAACCCUAGGGUGUCCCUUCUCUUUUGGAUCUGUAACCAAGGAGAUUAUUAUAAGCCAUUACAGUUUGUGAAUAUCUGUGAUUUAUUUUAUUUUUGUCUUGAUAUUUUUUAGAUUUUAAAAAAUAAAACUGUAUAAAUGGA